AUGAACAUCCCCAAUAUUCUCUUUCCCCCAUCGAUCGACAAAGACAAAGAUGGUUCAUCCGGCGGCUCAGGAGACCUUAGCAUCUCGGAUGUCAUAGGCAAAGAGCGUGUCAUCAGUAUUUUCGCCGGAUUCACUCGAGAUAUAGACAACAUCUCCAAGCGCUUGAAUGCCGAAGAUCAGAAUACUACAGUGCUGGCGCCUCUCAACUCAGAGUUACAGAAGCUUCCUCGGAAGCCGUGGGAGGAUCCUGAGGACUACAACGAGCUGGGUGCGAAGGCGUAUGAAGGACAGAGUGGGGAGGAUAGGGCACAUAGGAAUUUGAGGAGGUUUGUCGAGGCGCAUAUUGUCCCCGUCAGCCCAUGGAAGGAGGGCGAAAAGGUGGGCUCGAUGGGCGGAGGAAAGCUAUGGUGGGAGGAGAAGGAGGGGAAGAAAAUGGUCCAACCGGGCAAUGUCGAAGUCUCAAGCAUAGCAAGUAGGGUUUCGAAUGGAGAGGUUUGGAUCAUCAAGGGUUGUCUAAAUUACGCGUCAUGA